CAUUACUGUCUUUUUUUUUUUUUUUUUGGCUAACUCAAUAUUACUGUUAUUAAAAUUGUAUUUAUGUUCAGUUGUUCACGUUUGGUCUGGUCUGGACUGCUCCUCAAGCCUCAAGCGAAGAAGAGUAAAGAGAAAAACAGAUGGAAGCUCAGCUGAAGAUGAUGAUGAUGAUGGUGUCGAUUGCAGCACUGUUGGCACUCUCUGCGGCUGGGAAUGCCUCUGCUCUCACUGAAUCACACCAAGAAAGAGUCUUUUCUCUGUUUGACGAGGAUGGCUCCUCCGCCGCAGCUCAACAACAGCCUCAGCCUCUCAUGGUUCCCCUCACUCUUAUCUCCUCUGCUGCUUCUACUGGAGCUGUGUGCUUGGAUGGAACACUGCCCGGUUACCAUAUUCACCCAGGCUCCGGAUCGGGAGCAAACAGCUGGCUCAUUCAGUUGGAGGGAGGAGGGUGGUGUAAUACAAUCCGAAGUUGUGUUUAUCGUAAAACUACUCGCCGUGGUUCAUCAAAAUUUAUGGAAAAACAGCUGCCUUUCACCGGAAUAUUGAGCAAUAAACCUGAAGAAAAUCCUGAUUUUUUUAACUGGAACCGAGUCAAGCUACGUUACUGUGAUGGGGCAUCUUUUAGUGGAGACUCAAAGAAUGAGGCUUCUCAACUUAAUUUCAGAGGACAAAGGAUAUGGUUGGCUGCCAUUCAAGAGUUAUUCUCAAAAGGGAUGAAGAAUGCUCAACAGACUCUUCUAUCUGGAUGCUCUGCUGGGGGUCUGGCCUCCAUACUACAUUGUGACGAGUUCCGGAGCUUCUUCCCCAAAACUACCAAAGUGAAAUGUUUAAGUGAUGCUGGAUUCUUCCUAGAUGCAACUGAUGUAUCUGGUGGGCACACCAUGAGAAAUUUGUAUAAAGGCGUGGUUUCCUUGCAGGGAAUACAAAAGAAUUUGUCAGGAAGCUGUACCAACCACCUGGAUCCCACCUCGUGUUUCUUCCCUCAAAAUUUGGUUGCAAAUAUCCAGACUCCAAUGUUUCUAUUAAAUGCUGCUUAUGAUGCAUGGCAGCUCCAAGCUAGUUUAGCUCCCCCAUCAGCUGAUCCUAGCGGUUCAUGGAACGAAUGUAAAUUAAAUCAUGCACAUUGUAAUGCAUCCCAAAUCCAGUUUCUUCAAGACUUCAGAAAUGAAAUGAUUAGUGCCAUUAAAGGUUUCUCAUUGUCCAGUCAAAAUGGAUUAUUCAUAAAUUCCUGUUUUGCCCACUGCCAAUCUGAGAGACAAGAUACAUGGUUUGCGGACAAUUCCCCUGUUCUCGGAAACAAGGCAAUUGCGGUGUCUGUUGGAGACUGGUACUUCGAUAGAGAAAAGGUUAAAGAAAUUGAUUGUCCAUAUCCAUGUGACAACACCUGCCACAAUCUUGUGUUUAACAAUGAAGAUUCAUCCCCCAUUCCCAAUCUCAUGGUCUAUGAAUCUAAGUCCACAAGAUUAACAACAUUUAUCCCCCAAAAUCUGUCAUCUUUGGCUUCCAUGACGCCUCUAAUAUGUUUUCAUUGCAUCAUUCUAUUAUGUUGUCAGGGUUUUCGGAUGAGUAAAUCAAUGCUAUUGUCCUAUGGCCUCGCAUUGAUUUUAUUUUCAUACAAUUUCCUGCAGUCCAGAGCAUGAUUUUUGUAAAACGCACUUAAUUUGUAACUUUGUUCGAUCAGUGUAACAUGUCUUGGUAAUGCAUUCUUAACGUAAAAUUUAGAUAGAGGGUUUACUAUGUUGGAUCAGUGUAACAUGUGUUGGUAAUGCAUAUCCAUUGUAGUAAUUAUUGAAAA